UUUGUGAUAAUUGAAAUAUUUAUUUUCCUGAGUUUUGCAAGUUUUGCAUUUAUAAACUUAAAAUGAAUUCCUCGAGGGCAACAGGGUCUCACUGGAGCUACGAUUUGCUGAAGCAAAUGGUAAUCGAAGGCUGCAGCAACAGAGACUUAAACGAUCUCAAAGAAUUGUUUGCCAGCGAAAUUGGGACGCCCAGAAAAAUGGAUCGCAUAAAAAGUGUCGCAGAUCUCAUUGAUUGCCUAGAGCGCAGCGAUCAAAUAAACGAGGAUAAUGUGGAACCACUGCGAUUACUUGGCAAAAAUUUCACGCACUUCCAGCAUGCACUUGACAGCUACGAAAAAACAGAAACCUCCAAAUUGGUGGACAUGCAUUAUCAGGAACAAAGAUUGGCUGAAGAGUUCCAACAAAGAUUGCAUCUAAAUCCACAGCGCGCUCCACAGCCAUUUGCUGCAGCUACACAGCACUACGUAAAUCCUGCGCAAUUUACAGAUGCAAAGCGAUCCGCUGUCUACAAUAAAAUCGCCAAGGAAUUGGGUCGCUCUUGGCGUGGUUUGGGUCGCCAGCUAUGCAUUGGCGAGGGCGAAAUGGAUGAGAUAGAGUUGCGUUAUCCGCAGGAUUUAAAAUCGCGCAUUAUGCGCCUGCUGCAGACGUACGAGGAGGAUGAGUGCCAUGAUCCCAGGCAGCUGCUGGUGCAUCUAUGUAGGGCACUCGCCGAUUGCGGGCGUAAAGAUCUACGGAAGGCAGUGGAACAAAUAAUGUUCCACUAAACCUGACAAAACUGCGUUUCCAUCUUUAAGAAUAAAAAACAUGUACAUUUUCGUUUU